AUGGACUUACCCACUACAUCUGGCAGACAUGAGCCAAAAAAACCUCGCCGGAUCUCCAGAACAGUCCCAGCUUCAAUUCAGAUUGCAAAUAUUGUUAAAGGGUUGGGCCAGAUGGUACCAGUCGUUGGUUCCUUCGUCAAAGGUGUCGCCGAGACAGCAGUAGUGCUUUUGGAGAGCCUGGAGUUUGGCAAGCAAUUCCAAAACAACGAAGAGGAUAUGCAAGAUCUGACAAACGAGAUCAUAGAUAUCGUCAUAAUUGUUCGUGACACUGGCAUCCAGAUAUCAGCGAUGCCCGAGAGCAUUAAAUAUGCAGCAGGUCUACAAACGGCAUGUCUAAAGUUUCAAGAGUCUCUCUGUGAGCUCUUGAAACAAGUGAACGAAAUCACUCGUAACACAUGCGGAGUUCGGAGGAACAUCAUGAACGAAUGGUUUCCUGAGUUUCAUAUUCAAAAGGUUCAAGUAACAUUAAACUCUAGCGCCUCUCUUGCCCGUCUGAAUGAAGAGAUAUCUUCAGUUCAAUCUAUCCUGAAACAGGUGAUGCUUACUUCGCCCAAUCUCCUCGCUGAUGAUGCCAAAAAUCCAAUAUACGACGAAGCACAGAUGAUGAGGCACUACCGGAUUCCUGGAGAUAUCAACGUAGAACGUUUCAAAGAGACGAAUGCCAGGGCACAACCCCGAAGGAUAGACAGGCAUUCUGUAUCGGGGUUCCAGCUCAUGAACUGGUUCUAUCAGCUUCAGUUCCGCUUUCUAUUCUUUUGGUUGCAUUUGCAUUUCAAGUGGAGCCUUUCUCUCAGGUUCGAAAUCUCUCCAUCAUCGCCUUCGCAUCGUGGUUUUCGAACUUGGGCUGUUAUCAUCGGCAUUGAUGCCUAUCCAGACUCUCCAGUACGUGGCUGUGUCGCAGAGGCACUUGCAAUGGAAAAAUACUUCAUCAAGAAUCUCGGCGUGCCGGCAGGGCAGAUCCAACUCCUUACCAGCGCCGUUUCCCCAGCACCUACAUGCAGCUCCAACUGCGUUUCAUCCAUUCCCACUCGUGAAAACAUAAUCCAUGCGCUUUUCGGUCUAUCUACGAACUCCAAGAUACAAUACGGCGACAACAUCAUCAUUUACUUUGCUGGGCGCGUGUCGAGCUACUUCCGUUCUGACUAUGCUCCAUCCAAUGACUUUAUUGCAGGAGGAGGAUGUAUUGAGGCUUUAUGCCCCAUCGAUCGUGUCGCCCCCAGUGAUGGUGUCACCGUUCCUGACAUUAGCGACCGAGAGACCAACACUAUUUUCACCCAAAUAUCUCGCACAAAGGGAAAUAGAAUUACAAUCAUUCUCGAUUGCUGUCACUCCUCAUCUUUCACAAGGGAUGUCAGUAUACUGGACGGAAUGCGUGGUGCCGACCCUCUACCGCCUGCCUCAAUUAAAGAUAUGUUCGAUGCUGCAGAUUCCAGAAUGAGAGAUUUGCCUGGUUAUCGAUCUAUAUCUGCAAAUGAUUGGCUCCCAAAUACGGAGUGUCAAGUCGUAUUAGCUGCGUGUCGAGAAUACGAGCGUGCGAAGGAGAUGAAGAGAAUAAAUGGGUACAAUGGAAUUUUCACGCAAGCACUCGUUAGUGCUCUCGAGUCGGGUGACUUGAUCGAAGAGUCGACGUAUAUUGACGUCGACCAAUUUCUGGGCCGGUGGGAUAGAAGGGCGCCGGUUAUUGUGGGGAAACAUAUGAAUGAGCUUCUUUGGCAUCAGGUACAGUGUUCCUUCGAUGCUCUAUAG